AUGGCUCAAGAAGACCAAGAGUGGAUGGAAAGCAUGGCUGCAGUCCAACGACAGUUCAGAGAGAAACUGGCAUACAUGGAGAAAUAUUUGUCGCAACGAUUCGGCGAACUGAAGAGUCAGCUCAAUCGGACAGUUAAUAUUGUAGAAAGCACAGUGGAACAGAGAAGAUCUUCAGUUAAAGAUCAGGUUGAAGUAAGACUUUCUCUGGUGGAUGAGGUGGGAGAGAGACUGGCGACAGUACAGAAGCAACUUGGGGAAAAGAUAGUGAACAUGCAGUCAACCUUAGGUGAGAGAUUAGUUGCAGUUCUAGAGAAGCAACGCCAAAGGCUAGUCGACGUACAAGAAAAUCUGAAACGGCAGCAUACAGCUGUGAGUUUCUCAGUCGAGCCAAAGCUUAUAGAAGUGCAUGAGCAAGUGCAAGCGAUGGUUCUGACGAUGGAGAAAUAUUUAGAUGACAGAGAUGAAGUGGAGAAAAAUCAGCUCAUGGUGUUGCUCCACGAAGUAAGUGAUAGAAUAAACCAGAAUUUGGUGGACGAGGAAAGACAGUUACAAGGAAGUUUCAUAAAACAGAGAGACGAGCUGAAGAAAAUGUUUGACAAUGUGCAGCAGAGAUUCGACCAGAGAUUGACUUACUUGCGAAGCAUGAGCCUCCCUAGUCUAGAUGAGGUGCAACGUGCUGUGGAUAUGAGGCUCAACAGUGUAGAAGAGCACUCUGACCUCAGGUUAGAUGAAGUCCACACUUGUCUUGAACAGUGGUUUCAAGAGGUAAAGGAUCUCAUCGAAAGGAGGUACGAAUAUUUAAGAGAAUUUCUGACCAAAAGGUUGGAUGAAGUGAAAGAGGAACAAGAGCAAAGAAUAGAAGAAGAAUCCAUCUUCACACAACGGAGGCUCGAUCAAUUGAGGGAGCAAGUGGUGCAGCGGCUAAAUGAAGUAAAAGACAAGCUUGAACUGAGAAUGGAUGAAGUCGAAGGUAAGGUUCUCGGUCUAGUAAAUCAAAUGCAAAAUCAGCUAGACAGCAGUCUGGACGAUAUGAAAGAACUAACUGGACACAAAUUCGAUCAGGUACAACAGCUGACAUGGCAGAUGCUUGAUCAGCAGCAGAUUCUUUUGUGGCAAGGCUCCAAUGGUGCCGCAGAAAAACUUGAUCAGGGAAUCGAAGAGGUCGAAAAGAAAGUAGAGCAGAAGCUCAGCUACAUAGAGGAGCAGUUAGAUCUGAGGUUGAGUGAAACUGAUGAAGCUAUGAGAGAGAGACUUAAAGAGGUCUUGGAUCAGCUGGAGCGGAAACUGGAGGAAGUUAGCUAUGAUGUAACAGAAAUGUUGGUGGAGCUGUUGAACGAAACUACGUCAAGAAUUAAGGAAAUUACAGGCCAACUGGAGACGAGGGAUCUCGAGACGCGGAGCCACACUGCCCACAGAUUUGGCGAUGUGGACGAUCAGUUGAAGUGGAGGAUAGAGGAGGCGCGCGAUCACAUACGGUAUAGAUUACAGAUGAUGGAGUCACAGAUUCAUGAGAGGAUAGGCGACGUGGUAGAAAAAGUAGAGAAUUCUAUAGAUGAUACAGAAAAAUGGCUUCAACUACUCGAAUAA